AUGUUGUCGGCGAGAGACGGUGUCCACGUCAAGUAAAGGAUGCGCUGGUGGGUGUCAAAUGUUCUUAUUUGUCAGCUGCAAAGCUCAAGGCUUGAGCCUUUUUAGUUGUACUCCACAAGCAAACUCAAACAAAAAUACCCUCUAUCUCUCUCCAGUCGUUAUCUUUCUCUGCUUUAUCAAAAUCCAAUUAUUGUUUUCCUUCAACUGCAAGCCUCAGAGGUUUAAAGAAAUUGUUUCCUUCAAGGUCAAGGAUUCUGGGGCGAAGACAUGGGAUUGUUUAGUAAACUGUUUUACAAGAAACCACCUGAUGGGCUUCUGGAAAUAUCUGAAGGGGUCUACGUUUUUGAUUACUGCUUCACCAUUGAUUCUUGGGAAGAAGAAAACUGCAAAGCCUACAUAGAGGGAAUAGUUAGUAAUCUUCAAGAUCACUUCCCCGAUGCUUCAUUCUUGGUCUUCAAUUUCCGUGAAGGAGAAUCACAAAACCCGAUAACAGAGUUACUGUCCAAGUAUGAUUUGACUAUAAUGGAUUACCCUCGUCAAUAUGAAGGGUGUCCUUUAAUACCAAUGGAGGUGCUUCACCAUUUUCUGAGAUCCUGUGAAAGCUGGCUCUCGCUUGGUCAGCAUAAUUUGCUACUGAUGCAUUGCGAACAGGGUGGUUGGCCGGUCUUGGCCUUCGUGCUGGCUGCAUUGCUGUUAUAUAGGAAGCAGUACGGUGGAGAGCAGAAGACAUUGGACAUGAUAUAUAGGCAAGCUUCUCAUGAGGUUUUGCGGUUGUUAUCGCCCCUGAAUCCAGUUCCUUCACAAUUGAGGUAUCUACAGUAUGUCUGUCGGAGGAAUGUUGGGUCAGAAUGGCCUCCUUUGGAUCGAGCUCUCACCUUGGAUUGUGUCAUUCUCCGCUGCAUUCCUGAUAUUGAUGGACAUGGUGGUUGUCGUCCAAUAUUUCGGAUAUAUGGACAGGAUCCUUUCCUUGCAGAUGAUAAAACUCCAAAAGUUUUGCACUCAACUCCUAAAAGAAACAAAUCUGUACGGCAUUAUAAGCAGAAAGAGUGUGCCCUUGUUAAAAUUGAUAUAAAUUGCCAUAUUCAAGGUGAUGUUGUGGUUGAGUGUAUCAACUUGAAUGAUGACAUGGAAAGAGAGGGGAUGAUCUUCAGGGUUGUGUAUAACACAGCUUUUAUUAGAUCAAACAUUUUGAUGCUCAAUCGUGAUGAAAUUGAUACAUUGUGGGAUACUAAAGAGCUGUUUCCAAAAGAAUUUACAGCUGAGUUCCUUUUCUCAGAAUUGGAUGCUGCUUCGUCCAUUAUUUCCCUAGAUUUUACUGGCUUUGAAGAAAAAGGAGGCCUUCCUGUGGAAGCAUUUGCCAAAGUUCAUGAAAUCUUUAGUCAUGUCGACUGGUUGGAUCCUCGGGCAGAUGUUGCAUUUAACAUGCUUCAACAAAUCGGUGCAUCAAAUAUUGCCCAAGAAGUGACUGACAGUCAUUGGAACAGCAGCACGGACCUCAGUCCUCGGUCAGAGAGAUCAACACCUAAAAGUCUUCAGGAAACAAAGCUCACUGUAGUAUUACCAAGUAGUCCCAGGAGUCCCAGAUCUAUUAGCAUGAAGAUUCUCUCUGCACCCUCAAGAAGGUCAUCUUUUGAUUCUGAUGCUAGUAAGGAGGCUAAACCCCAAGUCUCUGACAUCAAUCCAUUUUCUCGGUCUGCUGCUGGUGCAAUAAAUGAUUCUCAGUCUGUAUCACAGAGACCUGAAGUGGCUGAAACUAGAAACAUUUCUGAUUCACCACAAACACUUCUAUCUGCUCCAGUGCAACCUCCCCCAACUUCUAGUGCAACUAAGGCUCUUCCUCAUCCCCCGACACCUCCACCAUUGCCAAGUUCUCUUUCUUCAGCAUUAGAACCAGCAAAAUCUUCACCUGCCUCAGAAGCUGGAACCUACUUACAAGACAAAAAUCAGACUGCAUUACCUGAAGAGCAGUCUCUGAAGGUUUCCUCUUGUACAUCCUCUCCGGCCUCUACAGUAGCCUCUACUGUGACACCUCCAACACCACUUAUCUUUGGAGGAAAACUUAGCUCUGAGGGCUACCACUCCAGCAGAACCUAUACCUACCCUUCCCCCACUUCUAAAUCUGCACCUCCUCCCCCUCCCCCUCCCACUCCUCCAGCACCUAUCAGAGCUGGAUCUCAUGUAUCCCCUCCACCACCUCCCCCUCCAAUGCCACUUUUGAAGAAAAACUUGGCUUCUAAAUCUGUACCUCCUCCACCUCCCCCUCUCCCUCCUCCAACAUCUAUUAGAGCUGGAUCUCAUGUAUCCCCUCCGCCGCCGCCUCCAAUGCCACCUUUGAAUAAAAGUUUAGCUCCUAAACCUGCACCACCUCCACCACCUCCUCUUCAUACCAAGCAAGCAGCGAUUCCUACAGUUUCAUCAUCAGUGCCCCCACCCCCACCCCCACCCACCCUUGCCUCGGGAUCAAAGUCUUCUCAAGUUCCAGUUGCACCAGCACCCCCUGCUCCUUUUGGUAAAAGGCCAAAUGCCAUUAUUACAGAACCUCAAGCUGUAGAUAGUAGUGGCUUUUCGGUUCCUGGACCACUACCUUAUACUUCUCCCACAAAUUCAAGAAACAAACAUCUUUCACGUACGAUUAGUUCAAGGAGUCAUCAGACAAAGAAAUUAAAGCCAUUGCAUUGGUUGAAGCUAUCUAGAGCUGUGUCGGGAAGCCUAUGGGCUGAAGCACAAAAACUGGGUGAAGCUUCGAAAGCUCCAGAGAUUGACAUGUCAGAGCUUGAAAAUCUUUUCUCGGCAGCUGCUCCCAAUGCUGGUCGUGGUAGUAAAUCAAGUAUGCCUACAACACGUGCACCAAAAUCUGAGAAAGUAACAUUGGUUGACCACAGACGUGCAUAUAAUUGUGAAAUCAUGCUUUCGAAAGUGAAAGUACCCUUGCCCGAAUUAAUGAGUUCGGUGCUUGCCUUGGAUGAAUCUGCAUUAGAUGUUGACCAAGUUGAUAACCUCAUAAAAAUUUGCCCUACCAAAGAGGAGAUGGAAUUACUAAAGGGAUACACUGGAGAAAAGGAAAAGUUAGGGAAAUGUGAACAGUUCUUCUUGGAGCUAAUGAAAAUUCCCAGAGUAGAAUCCAAGCUCAGGGUGUACUCUUUUAAGAAACAGUUCCGCUCCCAGGUUUCCGAUCUCAGACAUAGCCUUAAUAUUGUGAACUCCACAGCAGAGGAGAUUAGAAACUCUGCCAAAUUGAAGAGAAUCAUGCAGACUAUUCUUUCUUUAGGAAAUGCUUUGAACCAGGGAACUACAAGAGGUUCUGCUAUUGGAUUUAGGUUGGACAGCCUUCUUAAACUAACAGAUACACGUGCACGAAACAACAGGAUGACUCUCAUGCAUUACCUUUGCAAGGUGCUCGCUGACAAGCUCCCAGAGGUACUAGAUUUUUCAAAAGAUAUUUCAAGUUUAGAACCUGCAUCAAAGAUACAACUUAAAUUUUUGGCUGAGGAAAUGCAAGCCAUAACCAAAGGAUUGGAGAAAGUUGUGCAGGAACUCUCCAGUUCUGAAAAUGAUGGGCCUGUAUCCGAAAAGUUCCGUGAGAACUUAAAGGAGUUCCUUUCUUUUGCCGAAGCCGAAGUGAGAUCCCUGGCUUCCCUAUACUCUGCAGUGGGAAGAAAUGUGGAUGCAUUGAUUGUUUACUUUGGAGAGGAUCCUGCUCGGUGUCCCUUUGAACAAGUUACCUCAACUCUACUCGAUUUCGUGAGGAGGUUUAACAAAGCUCAUGAAGAGAACUCCAAGCAGCUCGAGCAAGAAAUGAAAAAGUCAGCAGAAAGUGGGAAGUUGAAGAUGAAUGCUUCGCAAAAAAAGGGAUCUGAAAAAUUAUUACGAAGUUCUAUUCAGACCAGCAAUGCUUAAUUGAUUUCAGACAUCGAUGUAAACUGCUUUCUCUUCCCUGGGGAAGAGAGAUUGUAAUGGUGUCCAUACAAGAACUAUUCGAAUUGGCAGAAAAAAGAAGGGCAGUGGAUGGAUGGUUGUUGAAGAACAAGUAGUGGACUGAUACACCAAAUGUAAAAAUGAAAAAAAUGAAAGGAUUUCGACGAAAACAAGCAAGCAUCCUUUCAUUUCCACCAUUUUUCCUGGUUUAGCUCGAAGCUUGAAAGAGGCAAGCAUCCCCAUUUCCUCCAUUUUUCCUGGUCUAUCAUAAUAAUUCUGCCGUUUCAUUUGUUCCCUUCUAUAUGACAUGAUAGCUUACUGAUGUGAUACGAUCCUAUCGUUGCAGAGAUGGAAUUAAGUGACUCGCGGACUCAAUUAAAUCUAUAGGCAACUUGUACAUUAUCCCCUCGUAGAACUUGCAAGUAGUUUUCAGGAAAAAUCAUGACAAAUGCUCCUUUUCCCCCUCAGAGAACCACAGUUUGUUACUUUGAUUUGAUUUCA